AUGUCAGAAGACAACUCCAAACAAAUUGCUUGUGAUCGCUGUCACAGACGCAAAGCACGCUGUGACAAAAUUCAACCGGCUUGCUCUUCGUGCAUCAAGGCAGAGACGCAAUGCGUGUACAGCGCUCGAGAUCCGGUCGUGCGCCGUCAGGAUAUGGAAAAGCUGGAAAGAAGACUGCGACAAAUGGAAGCCAAAAAUGACGCUUUAACAAGUCAGCUGCGAGAGGCCAACCUUCGGGCAAAUGCCAGCAACUCACUAGGUGCUGUACGACCAUCCUCCAACAUCCAACGGACCGCGGAACCAACUGCAGGAAGCACCAGCUCCACCAACAACGAAGUGGCAAGUCAAGUUUCAUUCCUCAGUCUGAGUGCUGGUGGGGAGCGACAAUAUCUGGGAUCUGCAAGUGGACUACUCCUUGCCAAUUUGCUUCAGGCUGAUAAUCGUGCCAAAGUCCGAGGCACGCAGGAUGAAGAUCAUUACAAUGCAUCACGCAGAUUCGGUGCCGGUGGUCGUGGAGGCACGUCGACACCAGAUGUCAGUUCUCUACCACCCGAGACACUCGCACGAAGUCUGGUGUCGGCAUACCUGGCCCACGAUCACUUAUGCUAUCCUUUUCUUCAUCCACGAGGGCUAAUAGACAGCCUCGAGUCGAUUUACAGCGAUCAUUCCUUUUACAAAACGCAUCCCGUUGAGGCGUUUACCGUGGAUAUGAUCUUGGCGAUUGCCACGGCGCAAGUCUCUAAGUUUGAUUGGCAAGUCAUGCCCGAUGCUGAGACUCACCAUGACCGAGCAAUGAGCAGGCUCGGUACAGUUCUCAGCAAAGGUGGCAGUGUUGCCUUACAGGCCAUCCUACUGAUCUGCCAAUACCGGAUUGGAAGUGGUCUGUAUGAUGCUUCUGCGAGUUUGUGGCACCUGGUCGGUAUAGCGGCAAGGAUGUGCUUUGAGCUGGGAUUGCAUCGGGAAUCUGUUUACUAUUCUCCGGAAGAUGGCGCAUCCGGAAUCGACGAGAGCGCAUUCGAAGAUUCAGAAGUAAAAAGGAGGUGCUUCUGGUGCGCGUUGGCGAUGGACAGAAUCACGAGUGUCACUCUGGGGAGGCCCCUCGCAAUCCACCUGGACGACUAUGACACCGAAUUGCCACGUUCUGAAGGAAAUCUUGUCGUGAGCCCAGACAACAGUCUCUCCCCUACUGAGCCUAUUGGCAGUCCUCCCUGGCAGCUCAGGACGGCCAUAUUCGUGCAAAUUGUACGCUAUCGCCUGAUCUGCGGGAAGAUCCUGAGUUCCUUGCACAACGUUAUUCGUUCGAGGAUGAGCGUUCCAUACGACUAUGAAAGCACCCGCGGCAUGCUCAUUGAGGAACUCGAAGCCUGGCAUGCCGACACGCUGAUCCUGCCACUCGGAGAGUCACUCGGCGACACGGAUCGAUCCAGCUUUAGGACCCGGGAGUGGUACGACCUUCUUUACCAGAAUGGAAUUCUGAUGCUCUAUCGACCAUCUCCGUCCCUCCACGAUGCUCCUCACAAUCGUGGGACCCUCCAAAGGAUCUUCGAUGCAGCACAAAAGUCUAUCAGCAUCUAUGCGUAUCUUCACAAGUCACGCCGGAUCAACUAUUCUAGCAUCACACUGCACGCGGUCUUCAUUGCAGGGCUUUCUUACAUUUACGCUGUCCGCUCCCAUUUCCAAGGCCGAAGACGACAGCUCAGAAGCAGUAUGAACCUAUUACAACAAGAACCCGGCGCCUGUCUGUCGACGGAUCCAACGAUCAACCAGAUAGUCAACACCACACGCGAUUGUUCGAAUGUCCUGGUCGCCGUUUCGGAAAGAUGGAGUACUGCCCGGAAUGCCCACCACGUAUUUGGCCGGCUUAGCGACGCACUGCUCACCGAUGUGAUUGAGUUUCAGACACAGUCACGAGGUGCAUUUGCUGGCACACCACAAUACAUCAUGCCAAAUCAAAGCCGGGCACAGAACAUGUCAGACAUGGCAAUGGCCCCUACCACGAUGCAACAGCAGUCUUUUUCAUCUAUCACUCCCAAUGGAAUGGAUUUCAGCUACCAGGAAUGUUUUGACGAUCUUCAAAAUCUUUAUACGAGCUAUGACUUUGGCAAUGUCUCCAUGAUGCAAGUCUCGCAAGAUUGGUUGUUUGAGAUUCAGUCUCUGGAUCAAUCUUUGCCUGGAGUGGGAAACUGA